AUGAGAACCUCCAUUUCAGUCCUUCUCUUUGUGGCCCUCUUGACAUUCGCAGCUGGAACUGACAACAUUGAAGAUGGAACCCUUGUCGCUCCCGCGGACACUGUUCGAGUCUCUGAAAAUGAACUGAUGACCGACGAAGAUGUAGAAGACCUCGUGGGGGACAUGAAUCGGAAUUCGAUUCUCAAGCUCAUGCGCAUGUCUUCAACACUACCUGCCAGGUCUCUUCGCAACAGGAGGUUGUUACCGGUGGCUAUGGAGACGUGCAUGUUGAUGAGGAGGACAGCCUUAGAGCUUGCGAGUCUUGCCGAGAAGGCUGGCAGCCGCAGUUUCUUUGGGCGCUUCCUGUUGCGCAUUAGGAUUAUUAUCAUCUGGUGGGACUGGAUUAUCAUCAUCAUUAUCCGUAGGUUUAGGUAA